UUCAGUAUGGCUAGUAUCGCUGCUCUUACUCACAUGUCAGCAUUCGCACAGGGCUUCAGCAACAAUGAAUGCCAAGCAGCUGCCAGGGCGCUGCUUAGGCAUGAUGUGCAUGUCGACGGUAGUCAUUACCAGACAAGGACACACAGGGGCCUUCACCCUUCAUAUGUUGCAUUCAAUCCUCUUGUGGAACAGACCGACAAGAAGACCCUCACACAAGACGACCUGGUAGAAGCAGGGCUGCAGGAUGUAUUUGAUGUGAUCAGCGUACAAGACCGCCUUGAUGGUGGCAUUUCACUCAUUAUCCGUUGCGCUGGUAUGGCAGCAGGUCCAAAACUCUCACCCGAGCAAGUCCCGUUGGACGUUUAUAUUACUCCCCGAGAGUUACAAGCAACGCCUGAGUGCAUUGGCGGAGAUGUUGCU